AUGGCCUACGGCUACACCAUAGAGCCUGCCAAGCUCGAUCCCCUCGUGGAGCUCACUGACCGAAUGAUGGCCGAGUUUUCUCAAGCUGCGGCUCCCAUGGCGUGGCCAGUUGACCUCAUUCCUGCCUUGCGAUACUUGCCAGAGAACACACCAGGCUUUACGUUUAAGAAGACCGCUCGAAAGUGGCGGCGCAGCAUCCUCCAGUCGGCGUACAUUCCCUACCGCUUUGUCCGGCGCCAGAUGGCGGCUGGCACCUCUGUCGAGUCUUACGUGUCGCGCCUUGUCAACGAAUUGAGCUCCAGCGAUGGCUCGGGGCUGAAAGACGAAGACGAAGAUGCCAUAGUGUGGACGGCCGCCAGCCUCUACGGCGCCGCAGCCGACACCAUGGUCAUUACCUUGACCGCAUUUACGGCAGCCAUGGUCAUGUUUCCCGAGGUGCAGCGCAGGGCUCAAGAAGAGAUUGACGGUGUUGUGGGCGCCGAGCGUCUGCCGACCACGGAGGAUCGUGGCAACCUCCCGUAUGUAGACGCGCUCGUCAAGGAGAGCCUCCGCUGGUGGCCGAUCGCGCCGAUGGGGUUUCCGCACGUGGCUACCACCGCCUUGGAGUACAGAGGAAUGAGGAUUCCGAAGGGUACCUUCCUCCUGCCUGCUGUUGGGUGGUUCCUCCACGAUCCGAGUGUGUACUCGGACCUGGAGUCGUUCGACCCGAGCCGUUUCAUGAGCCCGCGAAACGAACCCGAUCCCGCCAGCGAGGCGUUUGGCUACGGGCGCAGGGUAUGUUCGGGCCGGUUCUUUGCUGAUUCGUCGCUGUGGCUGAACAUUGCGCGAUCGCUGGCGUGCUUUAGCUUCGACCACCAAGUAGAUGCGUCAGGGAAAGAGAUUGAGGUGAACAUUACGCCGCAAGCUGGGGUUUUGAGCUAUGCGACGGACUUUCAGUUCAGGGUCACGCCCCGGAGUGAUGAGCACGUGUGCCCCAUCCGGCGCUUCGAGGCAGAGAACCCUUUGGGGUCCGGCGAUGCAGUGCUGCUCGGUGAUGAAGUUGCAUAA